AUGACCACAGUCAAUGCCCAGGAGAGCCGUCAAGGGUCCUAUCGGGCUGGGACAAUCGCGAUGACUGUCCUGGGAGUCCUGUUCGUCAUCUUGCGGUUUUUGGCACGGUGGAAGAAGUCACUGAAACCUGGCUUGGAUGAUUAUAUGAUUUUGGCUGCUUUGCUUCCUUUUAUAACUCUUGUUGUUUUGUUCCUCACAAUCACUGACUAUGGCAUGGGGUUACGUUCUGAGAUCCUGCCGAGAGAAAAUAUCAUAAUGAUUACAAAGCUCCUGAUGGCGUUCGAGUGCUUCUAUAUCACAACGAUAGCAGUCACCAAAAUUUCCAUCUUGUUCAUGUACUGUCGCAUCUUCCCCACGAAAGAAAUACGCAUUGCCUCUAUGAUCCUGGGUGGCAUAUCACUCGCUUGGGCCACUGCGAUCAUUUUUGUGAGCAUCUUCCAAUGCACUCCAAUUGCGCGAGCCUGGGACAAGGAAAUCCUUGGUACCUGUAUCGACCUCAAAGCCUCCUUCAUCGGAAAUGCAGUACCCAAAAUCCUCAUCGAUAUUCUUAUUCUCUCUCUGCCGGUGCGUGUGGUGUGGAGACUACACGCAAGCCUCGCGCAUCGACUCGUUAUCUUUACUAGUAUCUAUCGCUUCACUACCCUUUUUGAUUUCAACCCGGCGGAAAUUACCUGGACACUCGGAAAGGCCUGCACCUGGAGUGUGGUGGAAUCCUCAACGGGCAUUAUCUCUGCCUGUAUGCCGACCCUGCGUCCAUUGUUGAUGAUUUCAUUCAAAUUCUCCAGUCAGUCUGGUACCCGGAGAACACGAACGACAGAUGUGGAGAACUCUAAAGGUUAUGAAUUGGACAAUUCUGCCCAUCGACCAGCUGAUGAGCCACGUAACAAAAUUAAGACACACCUGGAGGUAUCCCAGGUUGACGAUGCAUCUGGAGAUGAGGUGCCAUUGAAUUCAAUUCGAGUUCAGCGAGAUGUCAUUUGGCAAGAAUCGAGUCGUGACUCCUUUUAA